GCCGUCCCUCACCGGCCCAUGCAAUAACUCACACCACCAUUUCAGUUCAAAUCCCAUUGAAAAUUAUAUCGUUUUUUGUUUUUUUUCAUCAUUUUCAAAAUGUCUUUGUUUACUUUGUGAAGCUGUUGCUCAUGGUGUUCAGAUGUUUAUGGUUCGGUUAUGGUUUCAUGGUUUCAUGUACGAGGUAGUGGACGUGAUGCCACAGGUUCGUUCAGGACCAGUUUGUCCAUGACGAGGCCAGUCCUCUUCUAUGACCCUGUCUCGGAUGUAAUCCAAUCAGAGCACAGUUCAAGACCCAGGCGGCAGGUCACACACAGAAGUGGAGAACUUUUUGAAACGUCAUCGCGGAAUUACUCCCAGCCUGUCAGAAGGAUCAAGUCAUUAAUGCCAAUUGACCUAAUUAGUUAGUGUUGUUGUUGCGUGUUGUACUGCAAGACUAAUGCUGACCUUGUAAGAACACAGAGGCUUGGUGCAACGCUGCAAAUAUCUGACAUUUAUUCUUCGUUGAUUGUCAGUGGAGGGCCAGUCAAACUCUAAUAUGAGAUGAAAGAAGCAUUUAUGUGUGUGUCUGUGUGUGUGUGUUUGUGUGUGAGAGAGUGUGUUUGUAUGUGUACGUGUGUGUGUGUGUGUUUGUGGGGUUUCCGUCAGAUCAUUGCUGUCAUCAGUACCAGGUUUCACUUUCUAUGUUUUUCAAGAAGGUGAGAUUGGGUUCAGUGUUUAUUAACGAUGACUAAUACAUGUUCUGCUGCUUGUUUGUUUUUCCGAACUUAAUAAAACAAAAUAAAUACAAAUAUUGAACCGCCAAUUUUUGGAAAGAUUUAAACAUUCCAUGUAAUUAUAGUGUUUGUGUAGAUUACAGGGAAACACUUGUCACAUCCCAGACUAUUUUAACUCAAAUAAUGUAGACAAAUAACGGCAUAGACGAAGGGUGGAGGAAGUAUUUAGGUAGGGAGGGGCACCGCCUAUAUCGCAAUGUAAAAUGUUUCUGCGUUUACAAGUUAGACAAGAUAAUAAUGUAAUGUCUUUUUUGUAUUGUAUUUAUUUGCCUUUUUACAGAAACCAAUAUUCCAGUGUCAUACCUACAAAACCGUAGGCCUACGUUUGCAUGUCCACGGUGAUUUGGACAAUUUUCAUUUGAGCAAAGUGGAAGGACCGUAGAGUACAGACCGUGGAUGACUAGAUUAUUAACUGAUUUCCAGGAAGGCUUCCAUUCCCAGUAUCUGUCUCCAGUUCUGCUCUCAGGUCCUAGUGCACCUGAAGGGAGUUGGCCCCGAUCGCUUGCUGCUCUCCUAUAAGCCUUUUACCCGGUCUAAUCAGGUCACAAACAUGCUUAUCCCGAUGGGAACACAAGGUAACGAUCUUAUGUAACACCUCAUCCACACCGCACGGCUCACCCUACUACCAGGGAUCAAGCGGCAGAGACGAAGCCCCAGUGAAGCACAGACAUACGCUCAGCGACGGACCCUGGCUCUGACAACUCUUUUUUUUCGCUUGUGUGUAUCUAUGUAUCACAUGAUACUAGUCUGUAGGACUGCAUCGGUUGCAUUCCUGCUCCAUUAUAUUAGCUUUUUGCGCAAAAGGGUUUGAGACAGAGAGAUAGAUAGUGUGGAUUAAAGCGCAUGAAGCCACCUUAAUCCCUGAACUCGGAGAGAGAGAGAAAGAGAGAGUGAGAGAGAGAGAGAGAGAGAGAGAGAGAGAGAGAGAGAGAGAGAGAGAGAGAGAGAGAGAGAGAGAGAGAGAGAGAGGAGGUAGAGGUGAGUGGUGGGACAAUGAGGUCCAUGACCGCGUGUCUUAUGUUGAUGCUAAUGGGAUGUGCUGGGACCACUGGGAAGUUGUCCUUUACAGUGGGAAGUGACAGCUGGUUUUGCCAGAGCGUCCGUGUGUCCAAUGUUACCGUGUAGCGGUGUGACCGUUCUGUCUGUUGGGAUCCAGCAUCCGGUUCUUCUGAGAGUGGAUUUCCAUUUCCCAUGGAUUUCUUAAGACGUCUGUCGGGACUCAGAGUCUACCUGGAAAAGGAUACGAUGACGUGAACCCGGGGGCUGCGUGCGAGAUGGCAGGAGGCCAGUACCAGGUGGCCCCGCCCGGGCGCGGGCCCAGCCUGUGCAGCCUGACGGACGGCUCCGACGUGGGCCCCGAGGAGGGGGACCCCGACGACGGCACCCACUCCAACCCCCUGAAGAGGCUGACCAGCUCCAUGCGCACGGACGAGAAGGUGAGGAAGGAGCUCAUCAUCGGCCGCCGGGUGGGCUUCUACAAGGUCCGCGGGGAGAUCGGCUGCGGGACCUUCUCGCGGGUCAAGCUGGCCUUCCACGCCCUCACCAAAGACAAGGUGGCCCUGAAGAUCCUGGACAAGACGCGGAUGGACGUCCAGGCCCAGAGGCAGCUGGCCCGGGAGAUCGCCAACACGGAGCGGCUGCAGCACCCCAACGUGGUGCGUCUGUACGAGGUGGUGGAGACCCCCUGCCGCCUCUACCUGGUGCUGGAGUACGCGGGCGGGGGGGACCUCCACACCCGCAUCUGUGACCGAGGCAAGAUGGCCGCCGACUGCUGCAAGGUGGCCUUUGCGCAGAUCCUGUUUGCCAUCAAGUAUUUGCACAACAACAUGAUCAUCCACCGGGACCUGAAGGCGGAGAACGUGCUGUUCACGGCGCGCGGCUGCGUCAAGGUGGCCGACUUCGGCUUCAGCACGCGGGUCCCCGGCCCGGACCGCGCCCUGGACACCUUCUGCGGCUCGCCGCCCUACGCGGCGCCCGAGCUGUUCCGGGACGAGAGCUACCUGGGCCCCCCGGUGGACGUGUGGGCCCUGGGGGUCCUGCUCUUCUUCAUGGCCACCGCCACCAUGCCCUUCCGGGCCGACACCCUGGGCAAGCUGCGGCGCUGCGUGCUGGACGGCACCUACGCCGUGCCGCCCUGGGUGCCGGGCCCCUGCCAGAGGCUCAUCAAGGGCAUGCUGAGGCCCCUGCCCGAGGACCGCCACGCCGUGGACCAGAUGCUGGGCUGCGAUUGGCUGCUGCCCGUGGAGUUCCCCUGGCCCCUGCUGGGCCCGGUGCCCCCCGGAUGGACGGACCGGGAGGAGGAGGAGGAGGUGGAGGAGGAGGUGCGGGCGGGCCUGGAGGAGCUGGGCUUCACCCGGGAGCACGCGGGGUCCCAACAGGGGCCCCCCCAGAACAGCCGGAGCCCGGUGACGGGCGCGUACCGGAUCCUGCUGCACCGCACCCAGAGGAGGCGGGGCUGCGAGACGGUGCCGGUGGUGCGGGGCAUGGUGCAGGACCCCAGGCGGGAGGGCCUGAAGGCCUACAGGGGCCUCAGACACUCCUCCAAGCUCUGCGUGGUCUCCUGAUCCGGCGGGCGGCCGUCGCUCAGGAGGUCGCGCUGGUGACGACUGGUGUGACCGGAAUGUCGCCAGUUUCGAUCCCCGGAGCGUCGAGGUGUCCCUGAGCGAGACGCCUCGCCCGGACUGCCCCUGACGAGCUGGCUGUCGCCCUGCGCGGGUGACUCCGCCGUCAGUGUGGGAUUUGUGAAUGGUUGUAAUUCGCUUUGGAUAAAAGUGUCUACAAAAUUGUAGUGUAAAAAAGUGUAAAUGUUGAUCCACAUCACAGUCCGCAUUGGAUUCCACACUUACACUGUGCUUUAAAGCCGCUGUAAGCAAUGUUGUCGUUCCCAUGCGUCACCGUAAACGCGGGUCUUCCGUGACUCCUGUUUAUUUUUUCCUGGCAGCUUCUUCUGUUCUUCAGUGUAUUUUCUAUCCUCCACUUUGUGUUUUUUUCCGGGAGCGCCUAAUCGGUAGCUUCGCCUGCUCCGCUACUGUCAGUCAUCACUGAAACCCCGGCUGCCUCGACAUGAACGAGCAGAGGACCGCCUCCUGGUGGAGUUCUCUCUCCUGAUUGGAUAAAGUGGGAACGGGAUACCUCAAAGUGUGUUUUGUGUUUACUGCAGAGCUGAUGGACUGGAAGAGCCUUGCUACUGACUGGGAGACACCCUCUAUGUUAGUGAUUGUUGUCUCAGUGUUGAAGACUAAUUUUAAGAAAAUAUCUCUUGAGCAUAAUGAAGAAUGGAAAUGAUUGAAUGUGCAUUUAAUUAGAUAAACUGAUGUGUUUCUGCUAAUUGCUCGUUCCUUAUCCUUCACAAUAUUCAGUAAAAUUCAAGUGCCUCAUGAGACAAACUUAUGUCUGUGGCGUAUCUGUGUUUACCACUUCCAAAAAGGGUAUAGGCUACAUGUUUCAAGACAUGUUUCGAAAACUUUGGGAACUGCACUGAAAUGUAUUUGAAUGAUUUGUUUGUUACUAUGGUUGGUUGGUUGAAAGCUUAACCCGGGCCAUGUAUGAAAAAUAAAGCAUGGUGGUUGUGCAA